GUGGGAGGGAUGUAGAAGUGAUGGAGUAAAGGAAGGAGAGAGAGUAAGGGACAGAGUGUAUGUUCAACUCUCUCCAUUCAUUUUCCUCCAGUCCCUGACUGACGUGACUUACGUGUGGCUGCCAGAAGCCUCACCUGUGCGCAGUCAUGAUUCGGACCGUCUGUUUCGGGUGCGCGCUCUUACUGCUUCUCUUCUCUCUUUGCGCGGAAGCGCGUCCCGAAUCACCCCGCCGGUCAGCGCGCGCUCCCGCUGCCAAGGUGCGCCUGGCAGGUAUUGGCCACAGAGAGAACGAGGGGCGCGUUGAAGUCCUGCACAACGGGACAUGGGGAACCGUAUGCGAUGACGAGGUCGACAUUAAACUCGCUAAUGUGGUUUGCAGAGAACUGGGUUUCCAAAGUGGCAUAACAUGGGCACACAGCGCAAAGUAUGGAGAGGGAGAGGGCCAAAUUUGGAUGGAUAAUGUUAGGUGUGAAGGAACAGAGAAAACCCUAAAAGACUGCAAAUCGAACGGGUGGGGUGUUCACGACUGUGCGCACUCUGAGGACCUGGGGGUGGUCUGUAGUCCAGAGAGAAGGUUGGACCAAGUGCAUCCUGGAGUCUCCAGAAGAGGGCACACUAUCGCUCUCAGACCAAACGCUGUCACCUCGAACCGUUGGCAAGACAUGUACUCCAGUUCAAGGUCACCUGCACAUCUCAGACAAGGCAAUGGGCAUUCACAGGAUCAAACAAGAUGGGAUCAGUUCUCCAGACAGCAGUUUCAUAAUCCGUCUGCCAGUAAGGUGAGGAUUGAAGAUGUCCGUCUCCGGCCAAUCUUGAUGGUUACAAAGAAACGCGCCCUUGUCACGGAGGGUGUGGUGGAGGUUAAGCAUGCUGGAAGAUGGAGAAAUGUGUGUGAUAAAGGCUGGAGUCUGAACAGCAGCAGAGUCAUUUGUGGGAUGCUUGGCUUUCCUGAUGCAGAGAAGCCCAACAUGAACACCUACAAAAAAAUAUGGGAUAAAAAAAUCAAGGAUUCAACAACUAGAUUGAGUCAAAUGGCUAAAAAGAAGGGAUUUUGGGUUGAAAAAGUGCAUUGUCUGGGCACAGAGCCCAGCCUGGCAGAGUGCCAUGCCCAGCUCUCAAUCCACCGAAGCCCCACCCCCUGUAAGAAUGGCCGCCAUGCUGUGGCCCGUUGUGUACCUGGACCCCAGUUCGCUCGUAUGUCCUCUGGGCAAUCCCAGGCCCCUCACCCUGUGGAGCUGCCAGUGCGUUUGAAAGCAGGGCCACGUCUGGGGGAUGGUAGAGUCGAGGUUCUGCGUGAGGGAAAAUGGGGAACUGUGGUUGACCACCUGUGGGACCGUAUCUCAGCCAGUGUGGUGUGCAGAGAGCUGGGAUUUGGCACUGCCAAAGAGGCUCUUACUGGGGCAUACAUGGGUCAAGGUACGGGGCCGAUCCAUAUGAACUCAGUGCAGUGCACAGGCACAGAGCGGUCCAUUUUAGAUUGUUUCUUCCAGGAAGUUCCUCCCUGGACAUUCAAACACAACAGGGAUGCUUCUGUCAAAUGCAAUGUUCCUAAGACUGGCUUGGAGAACACGGUGCGGUUGGCAGGGGGUAGGGAUCCAGGCGAGGGUCGUGUGGAGGUGCUCAUGGAGAUGGGGGGCAGAAAGCGAUGGGGGACGAUUUGCAGUGAGAACUGGGGAAUAAAUGAAGCCAUGGUGGUGUGCCGGCAGCUGGGCUUUGGGUUUGCCGCUCGUGCUCAUCAGGACACAUAUUAUUGGCAAGGGGACCCUGCAGCAGAGGAAGUGUUAUUGAGUGGGACUCACUGUGUGGGAACAGAAAUCUCCAUCCAGCAGUGUCGUCGUAAUAGUUAUGUCCACUGUCCUCGUGGAGGCGGGGCUAAAGCAGCUGGCGUCACCUGUUCAGAAACGGCACCUGAUCUUGUGUUGGAUGCACAGCUUGUGCAGGAGAGCGCUUACCUGGAAGACAGACCUCUGCAUUUGCUCACCUGUGCGCAUGAGGAGAACUGUCUCUCCUCUUCUGCCAGACAUAUGAACUGGCCGUACGGUCACCGUCGUCUUCUGCGUUUCUCCUCCCGUAUCAUGAACCUGGGAAGAGCCGACUUCCGUCCCCGCGCCUCAAGAGAGUCCUGGACCUGGCACCAGUGCCACCGGCAUUAUCACAGCAUUGAAGUGUUCACACAUUAUGAUCUCCUAACCCUCAAUGGAAGUCGGGUGGCUGAAGGACACAAAGCCAGUUUCUGUCUGGAGGACACCUACUGCCCUGAUGGACUUCACAAACGCUUUUCAUGUUACAAUUAUGGAGAUCAAGGGAUCUCGGUGGGUUGCUGGGACACUUACCGCCAUGAUAUCGACUGCCAGUGGAUAGACAUCACUGAUGUGAGACCAGGAGACUACAUCAUGCAGGUUGAGGUAAAUCCGUCCCUGGACAUGGCUGAAUCCGACUUUAUGAACAAUGUCAUGCGUUGUCGAUGCAGAUAUGAUGGACAUAGAGUGUUUAUGUAUGGCUGCCAUGCAGGUGACGCCUAUAGUGCUGAAACUGAAGAUUUGUUUGAGCAUCAGCGUCAAAUCAGCAAUAACUUUAUUUGAACCCAGUAAAAAGAGGUGGGAGGAUGUUCCUAAAGCGAUAGUUCAUGCAAAAAUGAAAAUUCUGUUAUCAUUUACUCUCAUCUUGUUCCAAACUUGUAUGACUUAUAUACAAAAGGAGAUGUUAGACACUGACAGCCUCAGUCACCAUUCACUUUUAUUGUAUCUUUUUUCCAUGCUAUGACAGUGAAUGGUAGGGUAAGAAAAUAAUGACAGAAUUGUUAAUUUUUGGGUGGAAAUAGCUUCCAAAAAUGCAGCUUUUUGGACAGUAAACUGAUUGAAAGAGAAAGAGAUCUACUUAACUGAUCUCAGAACAGUAUACCAGUAACAUCACAAAGUGGAAGAGAUCUGCUACAAACUAUUGGCUCCACAGCAUUGAAUUUACAUGGGUCCAAAAGGCCUGGUAAAAUGACGAGAGAUAAAAGCAUUCUCUUCCAUGUAAAUCUGAGUUUGUUUUGUUUUUUAAAUCUGAGUCCUAGCCAGCCAUGACCACAAGCCUUCUGGCAAUUGUUCUGUCAGUCAUGUGGUUUCUGUUUCUGCAGCAUCAUACUGGGUAGCCCCGCCCACUGUGAAAUCGCAUUGACCCAACAGUUUUGUGUUCAGCGUGGAUAGAAAUUUGCUUGUUGUAUCACGUCUGGUUAGGACAUGGUGUUAACAGCCUAAUAGCUCUAUAGAGUCUAAUAGGUAUAGUUAUAGAGUCUAAUAGGUAUAGUUAUAGAGUCUAAUAGGUCUUUGGAAAUCAACUGAAAAUAUAUAAGUUGUUAUACGUUGAUUUACAGUUAGGGACAUUGUUUUGGUGACUUAAUUAUAUUGCGGUAAAAUGGGAAUUGUUGUGAUUUUAUCAUGUAAUUGAAAUUAAAUAGCGUACAAUAUUUGUAGUUCUGGGGAUCAUGAAGCUAGCAAUAGAAAAUAAAAAAAGGUUCAUACAUGUACCCAUAUAUUUAUUUCCUGACAAGUUGUUAUAGAACAAAUGCCUCAGUAUAAUGUUGGUGUUUUCUGAGUGCAAAAGUCUUAGAUAUUACCAAUAUGAUUAUAGUAAGAUCUAAUUUUUUUCUGUUCAGUUUUGAGUUUUAUAUCUAAUUUCAGUUCUUUUAUAUGAGUUAAGCACUUUAUUGAUGGACCGUCAGUAUUCUGGUAGGAAUGGGUCAGUCACUACCAUGUAUCAAAACACACUUCUGUUUGUUUGUUUGUUUAUUGACAUGUUCAGGAAUUUGUACUUGCUUGCCUUUUUUGAUAGACCUUUUCUUAAUUUGUCAGUGACUUUCCUAAAUCCUAAAGGAUAACAAAGGAUGUUGUAUAUGCUAAAGAUUAAUUUAUUUAAUAAAUUGUUAAACAAAUUUUCUGGGUGAGCGAUUUAUUAGUUUGAUAACUGAUGGUAGUAUUAAUAAACACUUUCUAAAUGGUUGACUGCUUUAAUAUUCUUUAAACGUCUUGCCAAUUUGAUUUGUGGUUGAAUGGAAAUUUAUGCCUUAGUUUAGCGUGCCAUGUAAUUUUUUUUUUUUUUUUUUUUACAAUGUUGUGAAAAAGUCCUUGAAAAAAUUAUCUGAUUUUCUUAGUGGAUGCUGGGAACACUAUAUGGUGACUGGCAUUUUAUGCCACCAUAUACUGUACUUACUACAGCAUUUUAUGAUGAACUCAAAUCUAGCUCUAACUCAAGGGACAACAUUUGGCUUGCCAGAGUAUUGAAUAUAUUCUCAAAGUAGUGAACACCUGCUGCAUUCUUUGCCUAUAAAUAGUGAAAAUAACUGUAUGUGUCUAGGAAUUAUUUAUGUUUUUAAUUAUUUGCACAGUAUAAGACAUGUAUAACAGAAGUUAUUGUGCAUGUUAUGAACUGAUACAUAUUUCUUUUUUUCUCCUGUUUAUCCCAAAUCCUUAUGUUAGAGUUUAUUUCUCGAUGUUCAUCAUUAAUCUGUUUAAAUUUUAAUCCGUAGUGGAAGUGGAUGACUUCAUAAACACUUUUAUUUGGCCAGGUUGGUCUUAUGCCAUUUUGCCUUACCUUUAAUUUCAACAAUAUAAUGUUAUUAUGCCAUUUUUGAGAUCACAAAGAUGACUUAAUCCAUAUUGUGUACAGUUACUCUCACCAUAUUACUCUUCUUGAUGCAUUAAUUUACAGGUGCUUCUAUUUAUGACGCAUGUUACUGUAUGCUCUUAGUAUUCCUGGUGCAUAAAUUGGUUUUAGUCAUUGGUUUAGUCAGCUGGUUUUAGGUACAUUGUGAACUUUUCUGGGAGUUUCUUAUGGAGCAGUUGAGAGUUUAAGCUCUUACUGUUUAUGUAAUAUGUAAUUUGCUGUACUCUCAGGGAUAUAAUAUCGGUCUUCUCCAAUUUGUUAAACAUAACGUUUAAGAUCACAUUGCCAACCAGGAUAUAUAUAACUGGGAAAGUGAUACUAAAAUCAUUCCAGCUACUGCAACAUGAUGUAAAACAGGUGUUACUGUUCUAUAGUGGAUGUUACAGUUAUGUUACAUUAAAGUAAACAAAUGAUCUCAAAUGUGAAUACAUAUCCCUCAUCAGGUCUCAGUCAGCUGCCUGUACUCUUAGUUUUUCUGCUCAUUGUAUACAAUGAUCCAUUGUACAUUGACUUGGACUCCAUUAUAAAUAAAUGUGUGUUUGUGAAA